AUGGGCCUGGGAUGUGAUGGAGCUGAGGUGGCUGUGGUACCAGGAGGAUUGCAGGGGGAGCAGACUGUGUGGGUUCCUGACCAUGGGAUCAACUACGGUGUUGGCUUCUUUCCAGGUGGUGGCAAUGGCUAUGGAUAUAGGGGGAUCAACUACGGUGUUGGCUUCUUUCCAGGUGGUGGCUUUGGCUAUGGAUAUAGUGGUGGUGACCAUGGGGCAGGUAAAGGCUACGGUGUAGUGAAGAAAUACCGUUAUCGUGGCCGCGGCAUAACAGGUGUCUUUGGUUUUGGUAAAUUCCGAGUCUUCAGAGGUAGACAUGUUCCUAAGCCAGGUGGAUUGUACAAAUAUGGAGAGAAAUAUGAUAUUUAAGGACGUUUCCCCCAGCAAAUGCUGCUUCUCCACUGAAGAAUGUUUCAGAUUGCCGUGGUCUGGCUCUGAUGACCAUAAUCGUAGUUAAUGCUUCAUGGGUCUUUGGGAAUUCACUUCAACAAACAGAAUGAAGAAUCAAAGCUUCUUUAUUUGCAAUUGAUUCCAGCCAUUUAUUCAGAGUAAUUGAUCUGUUCUUGGCAUCAAUGAUUAUUGUAAUGAUGAUAAAGAGACGAUUCUAUAACAUCUAAAAUCCACCACACGCCUGUCCACCCUGGCAGCCAUGGACUUUCUCGUCACAUGUGAAACUCACCAAUCUUGGGGCAAGGUUUUGUUGAUGAUAUAAAUAAUAAUAAUAAACUGGUCACUCAAUCCAUGACUGUUUGUGGG